UUAGACCCAAUCGGAAAUGUUAGUGGUUAUUUCCGGAACCGGAAAUAUAUGUAAUCGCAGCAAAAACAAAAUGGCUGAAAAGUGACAGUGAACAGCACGUGAAAAACACCUCUCUGUUGCCAACCAAGGAAACACUGAUUUGCAAGUUGUGUCUGUGAAGAUUUGUAACAAUGCCAGUGCCGCCACCUAGCGGGUAUUCGAUGGGCCGGCCGUCCUGCUGGGACAAGGUCAAGAUCGGUUUCAUGAUGGGAUUCUGUGUCGGACUCGCUUCGGGGGCAAUCUUUGGAGGAUUUACGGCUUUUAGGUACGGAAUGAGAGGACGGGAAUUCAUCCAGCAAGUUGGGAAGACGAUGAUUCAGGGUGGGGGGACGUUUGGGACGUUCAUGGGUAUCGGAACUGGCAUACGGUGUUGACAUCGGCAGCAGUGCAUAUCUUCAGUGUUGUCAACAGGCCGGUUCAUUCAUCCCCGUACAUCCGCAGAACACCAUUGUUUACACACAGGAAUUUUUGUACAUAACAAGUAGAUAUUUGUUGGUGUCUUUGACUUUGCGAGUGUGUUGUCUGAUAGAGUGUAUCUGCUGAGUGAAAUCUUGAUUCAUAAUAAACAGACAUUAGAAACAAA